AUGAAGACUCACAUUGGCUGUGGCUUCAUUUUUAAAGUACUAUUCAUCCAAGUAUAUCUUUUUAACAAAACUUUAGCCGCACCAUCACCAAUCAUUAAGUUUCCUGGAGACAGCACUCCCAAAACUGACAAAGAGCUAGCAGUGCAAUACCUGAAUAAAUACUAUGGCUGCCCAAAAGACAGUUGCAAUUUAUUUGUCCUGAAAGAUACUCUGAAGAAAAUGCAGAAAUUUUUUGGGCUGCCUGAAACAGGAGAUCUGGAUCAAAAUACUAUUGAGACAAUGAAGAAACCCCGCUGUGGCAACCCUGAUGUAGCCAAUUACAACUUCUUUGCAAGAAAGCCAAAAUGGGAAAAGAAUCAUAUAACAUACAGGAUUAUAGGCUAUACCCCGGAUUUGGAUCCUGAGACAGUAGAUGAUGCCUUUGCUCGAGCCUUUCAAGUCUGGAGUGAUGUCACACCACUGAGAUUUAACCGAAUACAUGAUGGAGAAGCAGACAUUAUGAUUAAUUUUGGCCGAUGGGAACAUGGUGAUGGCUAUCCCUUUGAUGGCAAGGAUGGUCUCCUGGCUCAUGCCUUUGCACCAGGGCCAGGAAUUGGAGGAGACUCCCAUUUUGAUGAUGAUGAACUGUGGACUCUUGGGGAGGGACAAGUGGUCAGAGUGAAGUAUGGAAAUGCAGAUGGUGAAUAUUGCAAAUUUCCCUUCUGGUUCAAUGGCAAGGAAUACAACAGCUGCACAGAUGCAGGACGCAGCGAUGGAUUCCUCUGGUGUUCCACAACCAAAGACUUUGAUGCAGAUGGGAAAUAUGGCUUUUGUCCCCAUGAGUCACUUUUUACAAUGGGUGGCAAUGGUGAUGGGCAGCCAUGCAAAUUUCCCUUCAAAUUCCAAGGGCAGUCCUAUGACCAGUGCACAACAGAAGGCAGGACAGAUGGAUACCGAUGGUGUGGAACCACUGAAGACUACGACAGAGAUAAGAAAUACGGAUUCUGUCCAGAGACCGCCAUGUCAACAGUCGGUGGAAAUUCCGAGGGAGCUCCUUGUGUGUUCCCCUUCAUCUUCCUUGGGAACAAGUACGAGUCGUGCACGAGUGCGGGGCGCAACGAUGGCAAGCUCUGGUGUGCCUCCACCAGCAGCUACGACGACGACCGCAAGUGGGGCUUUUGUCCAGAUCAAGGGUACAGUCUCUUCUUGGUUGCUGCCCAUGAAUUUGGCCAUGCUAUGGGAUUAGAGCACUCUGAGGACCCAGGAGCUCUCAUGGCCCCCAUCUACACCUACACCAAGAACUUCCGACUUUCUCAGGAUGACAUUAAAGGGAUCCAGGAGCUAUAUGAGGUGUCCCCUGAUGUCGGACCAGGGCCAGGGCCAGGACCAGGACCACAGCCAACCCUUGGACCUGUCACUCCAGAGCUCUGCAAGCAUGACAUUGUGUUUGACGGAGUUGCACAAAUUAGAGGAGAAACGUUUUUCUUCAAAGAUAGAUUCAUGUGGAGGACCAUAAACCCCCGAGGAAAACCCACAGGUCCUCUUCUUGUUGCUACAUUCUGGCCUGAUCUGCCAGAGAAAAUUGAUGCUGUCUAUGAGGCCCCUCAGGAUGAGAAGGCUGUGUUUUUCUCAGGAAACGAGUACUGGGUUUAUUCAGCCAGCAACUUGGACAGGGGCUAUCCAAAGAAACUCAGCAGCCUGGGACUGCCCCCUGAUGUGCAGCGUGUCGACGCAGCUUUUAACUGGGGCAGAAACAAGAAGACUUACAUUUUUGCUGGAGACAGAUACUGGAAGUACAAUGAAGAAAAGAAGAAAAUGGAGCUUGCAUCUCCUAAAUUCAUCGCUGACUCUUGGAAUGGUGUUCCAGAUAACCUCGAUGCUGUCCUGGGCCUUGGGGACAGUGGAUAUACCUACUUUUUCAAAGAUCAGUACUAUCUACAAAUGGAAGACAAGAGUUUGAAGAUUGUUAAAAUUGGCAAGAUAAGCUCUGACUGGUUGGGUUGCUGA